AUGAGAAGGGGAGGAUUAUUAGAAUCAGAUCGGGGAAAAAACAACGCACGCCCCGUCUUGACCUCCCUCAAGCACGCCGCCACCCCCUUCCACUCUGCCGCGCGCCGCCGGCCGCCACCCCCUGCCACGCUGCUGCGCACCGCCGGCCCCUGCCACGCGCCGCCGCGCGCUGCCACCGCCCCUCCGCCGUUCGCCGCCCCCACCGCCGGAGAGGCGGAGACACUCGACGUCGGCGCCGCACCAUCCCCCAACUCCUCUCCCCCCUCCUCCUCUGCGUCCACCGCUCUUAAGUCGGCCACGCCCUCGAGGUGCUCCCCCAUCAUCCCGUUGCGGGCUGCUGCUCCGGGCCUGCUUCCUCUCAGCUCCCGUCGCUGGAAAUUGGCGGCACCACCAGCUCUCCUGUCUCAAUGUCCCCAAGUACCAGAUGGAGGCAAGGAAGGCCUGAUUGUUGCUGAAGCCGAGCUCAUAAACGUCUCACGUAUGUGGUUUUGUGCUAUUCUGAAUCUUCUUCUCUGAAGGGUGUAGUUUCAGUUUCACACAAAAAAUGUAUUGCGCUUGCAGUGCGUACCAAUUUACAGUUUACCAAUGUGUAUACGUGUUCAUUUGAUUUCACUCCAGUUUACCAAUGUGCAUACGUGUUCAUUUGAUUGCACUUCAGUUUACCAAUUCUUUUUACUGAUUCAAUUUCAACAUAAUGUAUGUAUUGUGCCCUCUAAACCUGAAAAUUCCUACUUUUGGUUGAUAAAUCAUGUUGUUCUCAAGACUCAACUAUGGCUGAUCAGAACAUUAGCAACCUUGAAGUAGCAGUUCUGUUAUGUUUCAGAAUUUACUUAGAAUUGUAAUUUGAAAAGAGCAUGAGUUUUGGGCUUUAUUCUUCACCAUGAUCUUUAAGUGUGUGCGUGCAACCAUAGCUUCCAUCAUCAUUACCUUAGGUUUUUAUAAUAUACUCCCUCUGUAAACUAAUAUA